UUUAUCAAUGAAUGCUGUAGGAAAAAGUGUUUUUCGUUAUUCCCAGAUGAACAGCAAGAAUGGUUGUUUAGUUCGUUUUGGAAACUAGGAGACAAAAUAGUUCAAGAUACUUAUCUUUAUGGUUGCAUUGAGAAAAAAGAAAUAAUGUUAAAGAAGAGUAAUCCCAUUGGAAAGAACAGAGGGUAUUCAUGGCGGUAUCACCUACAAAAUGGCAUUGAUAGGAAAGAUGUCUGCAAAGCUUUUGUUCUUAAAGUGCUACAGGUGUCCGAAUCACGAAUGAAAACUGUUCUACGUGCUUGUUCUUCAGGGAAUCCGGUAUUUAAGGAAAAUAGAGGAAAGCAUACUGAACGUCCAAACAAAUUAUCUCGUGAUGUGUAGACUAAAGUAGAAGAACAUUGGGCCAAAUUUCCAAGCAAGCAAUCACAUUAUAGCAGGGGCCACACAGAACGCAAGUAUUUUGAGAAUCCUGAUUUAAAUGUGAAGAAAAUGUUCAUUGCCUUCCAGCAAUACUAUUUUGAUAGUACAGGUAAGACACUUACUAUGAAAUACUCCACAUAUCACAGAUACUUCAGAGAAAAUAGUCCAUAUUGUUUUAGACAGCCAAGGACCGACGUGUGUGACUUUUGUACUGAAUCUAAAACUCUGUUGGAUAUUAAUCCGAAUGAUCCGCGUAAAACCACAUAUAGGUUACAUUUAGCCAAGGUUGAAAAAUACAAAACCUUAAAACAAGAGUACUUAGCAAAAGUAAAAGGCAAUACAAUGCAAGAUGACACAUUAGUAAUAGAGUUUGACUAUGGACAAAAUCUACCAAUCCCUAAACUUAAUGUUACAUCCCAAUUCUACAAAAGGUUAUUGUGGUUGAAUGUGUUCAACGUUCACUGCCAUAAUGAUUCAGCCAGUACCUUUUAUUGUUUUCCAGAGUGUGACGCAAAGAAAAAUGCCAACUCAGUUUGUAGCUUUGUCUACCACUUCACCUGUGAAAAAAUGAAAUCUUACAAAAAUAUUAAGAAUAUAAUAUUUUUAUCGGAUGCUGCAGGAGGCCAGAAUAAAAAUAUUACUGUUUUGAGAUUUUGUUCUUGGUUGUCCCAAAUAACCAAAGUGAAAGUAACUCACAUGUUUCCUGUACGCGGACACUCGUAUUGCCAGUGCGAUCGGAAUUUUGGACUUUAUGGCACACUUUUAAAGAGACUGGAAAGUAUUGAAACAGUAGAGGAUUAUCUAACGAUCAUAAAGUCUGCUCGAAAUAGCCCGUCACCUUUUCAGGUUCUCAUGGCUGCUCAUCUUGUUGAAGACUGGUCGACAGCGUUAGAGCCUUUGUUUCACAAAGUUCCGAAAUCAAAACGUAGCAAAUUUUCAAUACAGAAGUAUGUGAUCCUUACCUUUCCUACUACAGGGGCACUGGCAGUAUCGGCUUCCUACAAUGCUAUUUUUGAGCCGUUCAUUUUCUCAGUCGGUUUUGGUAUGAAGUCAAAAGAAGAGCUUUACCUCAAAAAACCGGCACGCCCUGGUUUGAAGGAGUCCAAGAAAAAUGAUGUUCUUUCUCUCUUGAAAUUCUUGAAACCAGAAAAUGCUGAAAGCCUCAAAGGUCUACUAGAGUACACGACUGUGCCGGAAGAAGACAUAGGAAGUGAAAGUGAAAAAAGUGGUGAAAGUGAGAAUGAUGUUUGACAUUCAUCACUAAUAUAUAAGAACAGCUAGUUUAUAUGUUAUUUAGCUACGAUAUAUUUAAUCAGUGCAAAAACCCAAUCUCAAAAAUUUUUUUUUUGUUUUUCAUUCUAAAACCCAUAUAUUAUAUCAUUUGUAUGUUAUGGAUUUAUUACAUAAAAUAUUUAUGUAGAUGUUACAACUAUGUUUAUGACCAUUUAAAUAUUAAAUGUUCUUAUUUUAAUUAAUUAUUAGCAAAAUGACACACACAUAAUGCAAGUAUUUAGUGUUAUAUGCAAUAAAGACUUAACUUACCUGUCUUUUAUUUAAUUAUAUUAAAUUAUUACUUAAAUUAAAAACUGCAAUUAUGCUGGAGGGAGAUAAGAUAUAAUACCUGGAAUGCCCACAAGAAUUUGGAUGGUUGUAAUGUUUGUUUGUUUCAUUCUACAAUGUUUCAAAUCUUUGAGCCUAUUUUACUCAAAACUAUUAUU